AAGACCCAGGGGAGGGAGGACUACAACUCCCGUCAUGCACCGGGGCCUUCGCCGGCGUCCAUAGCAACGGGAGGGCCUAGCAGGCCGCCGGGGCCGGGAAGAAGGAGCCGCCGGCGCCGCCGCCGGGAUGGGGCAGGACUACUACGCCGUGCUGGAGCUCACCCGCAGCGCCAAAGAUGCCGACAUCAAGAAGGCUUACCGGAAGUUGGCAUUAAAGUAUCAUCCUUUUAAGAAUAAGGAGCCCUGGGCACCAGAAAAGUUCAAGCAGCUGGCCGAAGCCUACGAUGUCUUGAGCGAUCUGGUGAAGAAGAGCAUUUACGAUAAAUUUGCAGAAGAAGGCCUGAAAGGAGGGAUUCCCUUGGAGUUUGGGAUUGACACCCCCUGGACAGAAGGCUAUGUGUUCCAUGGAAACCCAGAGAAAGUCUUCCGGGAGUUCUUCGGAGGAGACAACCCCUUUGCCGAGUUCUACACUGGAGAAGGAGGUGAAGUGAACAUGGCUUUUGGGGGCCUGCGAGGAAGGGGGAUGAAGAAGCAGGACCCCCCCAUAGAGCGGGAUCUCUACCUUUCCCUGGAAGACUUGUUCUACGGAUGCACCAAGAAAAUCAAGAUCUCGCGCAGGGUGAUGAACGACGAUGGCCACGCGUCCACGAUUAAAGAUAAGAUUCUCACGAUCGAUGUACAGCCAGGGUGGAAACAAGGGACCAAGAUUACCUUUCAAGAAGAGGGAGAUCAGGGACCAAAUAUUAUCCCAGCGGACAUCAUCUUCAUCGUAAAGGAGAAGCUCCACCCCAGGUUUAAAAGAGAGGAUGACAAUUUGAUCUACACGGCUAAACUCCCUCUGGGAAAGGCUCUGAUUGGCUGCAAUGUGGACGUGAGGACGCUGGACGAGAGACUGCUCAACAUCCCCAUCAACGACAUUGUCCACCCAAAGUACUUCAAAAUCGUGCCCGGAGAAGGGAUGCCGUUGUCCAGGGACCCCACCUGCAAGGGGGAUCUGAUCAUGUACUUCGACAUCCUCUUCCCUGCACGGCUCACUCCGGCCAAGAAGGAUCUCCUGAGGGAGGCCCUCUUGACGUGAGGACCAGCACCUGUGGCCAGAGUGGCCGUGCUGUCGUUUCCCUGACUCC